UCUGUUAUUGACAUAAUGAUCCUCUGUUGGUCACUAUGACAAUCCUAACAAAGUGGUGCAGACUCACACUUAAUGUUCCAGUCCUUUCGCCGAAAAUUGUUGGAAGGUUGACACAAGUUCUCCACCAUUUAUCUUUAGAUACAGUAAAUCGAUAGAUAGAUAGACAGAUAGUUUAUUCAUCACGUGAGUGAAAUUAGAUUGUCACAGCUGCAGUAUUAAAAAAUAUACACUACUAUAUGAACAACCAAGCAAGUGAAGAAAGUGAAAAAAAUAAAAAAACAAGAGCAGCAUUUGUGAAGAUUUAAAGGAAAUUUAAAUCUAAUCUAAGCAGGGGAAAAAAAUAGAAGCAUAACGUGUUGAUCUCUGGUAAGAAAUGUAGUCCAAUUAUGCUAAAACAGUAUUUACACAAUUAGUGCAAAUUAGUACAAAGUAAGAGGCAUGAGUGCAUAAUGUGUUUACUAAAUGAACACAGGAAACACAACUAUACUACUACAACUAUUAGCCAAUUGAAAAAAAACAACCUCAGUUAAAAAAAAAAACUCACUUCAAUACAUGAAGAAUUUAAAACAUAAAAUUGAUUGUCUCACAGAAAAAGUGUCAAUAUUUCAUAACUGAUAAAUAUUCACACUGACUGAGAAAAUAGCUCACAUCCCUUUCAUUUGUUCUUCCCAUAUUAUACUUUAUGUUUAUCGUUUUAACAUAACAAUGGUAGCCGCAGUAACAGCAACAUAAUAAAGUGUCAAAAUAGAAAAAAAAAAUACUGUAUUAGAAACAAAAGUUUUUUUUCCCCACUAAAGGACCACCUGCUAACCCUAACAUGAAAUUAUUGGUAAUGUUCAUUUUAGUUGAACCCUUUGUAGUGGGUCUGUGGGCUCGUCUGUGUAUUGGAGUGGAGCGAAGUGGGCGGGUGGAGGUGGAAGCGCUGUGUGUCUUUAAACCUGCUAAUCCCGCUGCCCUCAAUCUGCGUGGAGGACGCAAGCAGGAAGCACACUCCGCGCCUGCCUCUGACUCGAUUGGCUCGGCUUAAACACCGGAUUCAAAUCUGUUUUGUUUUUCCUUAAAUGCAUUAGAGUUAAUUCUUUUGGGGGGUUUAAGCAUGUCUGCUGCGAUGAGUGUCGCGGAAAACCAGGCGAGCGAGCCCAACAAACUGGAGUCAGUGAUACAGAGGCUGGAGGAGAGUGUUUUAUCUGAGGAGAAGAAGCUCACUGUCCGGGGCCACUCGCCGGAUGCCCCCCCUACAUGUCUACCGGCAAGAGUUCGUGAGAUUGUCACAAAGAACCUCAACGAAAACUCGACAGGGGCCAUGUCGUCAGUCAUGUCGCUCCAGGAGGAGAACCAGGUCCUGCAGGGAGAGCUGGCCAAACUGGAGGACCUCCUGGCACACAGCAGGGCGGACCGCGACGAGCUGGCUAUCAAGUACAGUGCAAUCAGCGAGAGGUUGGAGCAGAGGCUACGUUUCGAUUCGGGAGACGGCGACCGUGAUUCGCCAGAGUCUCGCAGCCUGACUCAGCAGAACGUGGAUCUGCGCAGGCGGCUGGAUGAAGAGCAGGCAGCCUACAAAAGAAAACUCACUGCGUAUCAGGAGGGGCAGCAGAGGCAGGCGCAGCUCGUGCAGAAGUUGCAGGCUAAGGUGCUUCAGUACAAAAAGAGGUGUGGAGAUCUGGAGCAGAUGCUGCAGCAGAAGUCAGCAGAGUUUGAGAAACCCAGACUGAGUGAUUCCAGUGAAACGUCAAAUGGUCGCUGUCCGGGGGAAUCCAGCAGUAACCUGGAGGAUGCGUUAAUCCGUCUGGAAGAAGAACAACAGCGAAGCAGCAGUCUUUCUGCGGUGAACGCCAUGCUGAGGGAGCAGCUGGAGCAGGCCAGUUUAGCCAAUGAGGCUCUCAGCCAGGACAUCCGCAGGCUCACCACUGACUGGACCAAAGCCCGAGAAGAACUGGAACAAAAGGAGUCUGACUGGAGGAGAGAGGAAGAGUCUUUCCACAGUUACUUUAGCAGCGAGCACAGCCGCCUGCUGACUCUGUGGCGCCAAGUGGUCGGGUUCCGCAGGCAUACAUGUGAGCUGAAGAGUGCCACUGAAAGAGACUUGUCAGACAUGCGUAACGAGCUGGCUCAGGCGUCCCACUCUGCUCAGGUGUCCUGCACGGGUCUUUCUGCAACUCUACAGUCCAGAGAGGGAGGAGCCGUGCUGGCACUGGAGCGCGAGAAGGCUCUCAGGGUCCAACUGGAGAAGCAACUGAGGGAACGAGUGUCCGAGAUGAUGAACCUUCAGGCCAGGACGGACGCAGAGAGAAGCGAGCUCAACCUUAGGUUGUCGGACUCGGUGCGCGAGGGGGAAAGACUGAAGGGCAAAAUUGAGGAGAAAGAGAGAGAACUUGUUCUUCUGUCCAGGAGGCUUGAGGAGCAGAGCAGCAAUGACGGGAGUGACAUGCAGAUGAUGAGAGCUCACACUGAGACGCUAUUGGACACACUGCGAGACAUCGCUCAGACGGUGUUGACAGACGCGGAGUCGUUUUCGGAGGCAGAUCAGGACAACUCUGCUGCACCUCUGCUGGCCUUUAUCCACGGCUCCUCCCCUGCCGCUCCUCCUCGCAGGUCAUCCUCCCCCUCAAAACUCACCUCGCCGUCUGCUCCACCAGAGGCGACCCUGUCGGCGCUACGCUCGGCAGUCACACACAAGACGCUGCAGCUGCAGGAUGCUCGAGGGCGUUUGCUCUCUGCCCAGUCCUCUAUACAGCAGUUACGAAAGCAGCUAGCUGAGGCUGAUUCAGCCAAAAGAGAAGCGGAUCAACGUCAUCAAACGCUGCAGCGGGAGCGAGACGCUGCCCAGCGGGACAAAGAGACCUCGCAGCGAGAGAAGGACCGCUUCAGACAGGAGAGAGACACCCUGGCCAGUGAGAAAAUGAGCUUGGAGAAGAGCAUGAAGGCAACUCAGAGCAGCAAUCAGACUCUGCAGAUGGAGUUUGAGAAGCUGCAGCUGGUUCUGACAUCCACGCAGCGGGAGAAAGACCACCAGAGGGAAGAGAAGGAGGCUGCCAUCCAGGAGAGGGACCGGGCCAAGGCUGAGAUUCAGAGGAUUCAGAAGCAGUGGGACCAGAGCGAAAGCCGAGCGUCUGCCCAACGUGGCGAGCUCUCUGCAGUGAGGGAGACUCACCAGCAGGCGGAAGUUGAGAGGCAGUUGCUAGAGAAGGAGAGAGCCCAACUUUCUGAAGCACUCACUCAGGCUGAGAGCAGCAAUGCAGAACUCUCUCUACUGAUCAAUAAACUCCAGUCUGAGGAUGCAGCGCUAGGGGACUCUUUGGCCAAAAUGGGCAACAUGAAUGAGGCGCUGUCCCAAGAUAAAACUGACCUUAACACCUACAUCCUUCAGCUGGAGGAGGAGAAGGCCCUGCUGCAAAUUCAGAAACGUGAGGCCGAGCUGGAGAAGCUGACCAUCAGAGACGAGCUGGUCCGGUUGGAGCAGGACCGAAUGGAGCUGGACUCCGCUCGCAUCGCUCUGCGCCAGUCCCUGCAGGACACUGAGCUGACCCGUGUGGGGAUGGAGGCUGAGCUCCACAGUCUCAGGGCCGAGAGACUUAAGCUGCAAGAGAAAGUCACACAGCUCUGUGCUGAGGUGACGUCCUUGGGUUCUGAGCUAAGCCUCGCCAGAGGAGAGGGCCAGCGGCACGAAGCGGCCUCGGAGGAGGCCGGCCGCGGCCGGGCAGAGCUGGCCAGAGACAAAGCAGCUCUUCUAGUUCAGCUGACGGCGUCCGAGAGAGAAAACAGCGCGCUGUCGGAAGAACUCUCCGCUUACAGGUCCGAGCGUGAGUCUCUCGAGACCACUCUGUUUGAGGUGCAGCAUCAGCUUGCUCAGCUGGAGUCUCGCAGGGAGCAGCUCGUAGCAGACAACCAAAAUCUUCGAGUGCGCACAGACACAGCAACAGCUGAGCUGCGGCGUGCUCGCUCUGAGGCACAGAGCGCACUGGACCAGGCUGAGAAGGAGAAACACGCUGUGACUCACAGCCUGAAUGCGGCACAUCUGGAGGCCCAGCAAGCUUUGCGCAAGGCCACCAGCGAACAUCACGAAGAAGUGGAGAAACUUGUCACAGAAAAGGAAGACCUGCGACAAAGCCUCACGGUGGCUCAUGACAGCACUCUGAGGAAGCUGAGGCAGCAGGUGGAGGAAGAGCUUCACAAAGCACAGCGAGAGAAAGAGGAGCUGCAGAGUGAUCUGAGGACUCUCCUGCACGAUCGGGAUCAGAGUCUACUCCAGGCGGAAACUGAGAAACAACAGGCUCUGUCGCUAAAGGAGGCUGAGAAAGCGGCUCUGUGUGACCGAGUGUCCAGUCUGCAGGCCGAGCUGUCAGCCUUGACCCUGGAGGCCGAGCGUAAGGCCCGAGCAGCGGCCGUCUUCAAAGAGCAGGAACAGGCCAGAGUUGGUGCUCUCACCAGUGAGCUGCAGGAGCUUCGGUCACAGCUCGAGGACGCUUCCGCUCUUCACGAAAGGGACCUUCAAAGUCUGCGGGAGAGUCUGCGCGACUUUCAGUCACGUGCCGAUGGUGCCGUCAAAGAGCUCGACAAUUGCAGAGCUUCUCUCGCCGUCAGCGAGGAGAGUCGAGAUGAGCUCCGGCGAAACGCCACGGAGGCAGAGCGUCGUCUCAACCAAGCGCAUGACGAGGCGGAAAACUACAGAAGGGAAGGCACGGAACUGCGCCGCAGCCUGAGCGACAUCUCCAAGGAGAGAGACACCAUCAGCCAGUCUAACUCCCAGCUGAGGGAAACUCUACGAGGGGCUGAGACCGAGAGAAUCAGUGUGAAGCGACAGUGCGAGGAGAAGGAGCAGAGACUGGUCGUGCUACAGGAGAAUCUUUCAUCCACUCAGAAGGAGGUGACGGAGCUGCGCAGCUGUCUUAGGGAAGUUGAACGGUCACGACUGGAGGCGCGACGGGAGCUGCAGGAGCUGCGCAGACAGCUGAAGGUCUUGGAUGGAGAGAAGGAGCAGAAAGGUAGGGAGGUAGCAGAGCUGCAAACUCGCUUGUCCCUGGAAGAGCAGCGAGAGGAGGAAAGAGGCAAGGAGGUUUUUGCCCUCAAGCACAAGUUAUCUGAAGCCGAAGCUGCUCGAGACUCCCUGAAGAGAGAGUUCACCCUAGUUCAGAAGCAGCUGGCCGAGUCCGAGUCCGGCUGGCGGCUUUGCGAGAGAGAACUGACCGCUCAGCUUCAGGAAGCCCGAGGCUGCGAGAAGAAGCUGCAGGACGAAGCCAAGAACCUGACUCUGCGCACGCAGGCGGCCCAGGACUCGGCCAGCGUGUACAGCCUGCAGCUGAGCGAGGCCCAGGGCCGCCUGGCCGCCACCGAGGCGGAGCUAACGCGGGCCGAGGCCUCCAGGAGGGACCUGGAGUUUCGUCUGAGCGGCCUACAGUCGGCGCUGACCAGAACGCUGGGAAUCGCUGCUGGAGGAAGAGGAGUCAGAGGGAGGAGCCCUGGAGGCAGCUCUGCGUCACCCAGCUCCAUGUCACGCCAUCACAGCAUCUCACCGCUGCGCUCCUCUCUCUCGCCACCUAAAGAAUUUCAGACGAGCACCCCUGACAACACUCUGGGCUCUAGAGCCGUUUCUCCUGAAAGGGGGGGGACGCCUCUCCCACUCUCCCAGUCAGAGCUGGACACUGACACACUGCGAAGUGGUCUGAAGGAAUUCCUCCUGGAGCUCCGUGAAGCGCACAGAGAGCGGGAUGACGCUCUGUGUCAGUUGGGGGCCUUUCAGCGGGAGGUGGACGAGCUGAGGGGGGAUCGAGACUCUGCUCAGAGUCGUCUCGCUCAGCUGCAAAAGAACCUACAAGAAUACCAAGAAGGCAAGCGAGGCCUGGACGAGCGUCUGACGCAUGCUCAGCUUCAGCUCCAUCAACAGGAGGAGGCGGUGAGGAGAGGCGACAGAGAGAGGAGGACGCUCACCGACAGGGUGAAGGAGCUGGAGCGUGGACUGCAGGCCUGUGAGGCGGAGAAGAAACACACACAGGAACAAUUAGAUAAGCAACGAGCUGCAGAGGUGCGUCUGGAGGCCGAGAGGAGGCGCCUGCGAGAGGCGCUGGAGACGUCCGAAGCGCGGGCCACCCGGGUUGAGGUGGGACGGCGGAGUCUGGAGGGCGAGCUGCAGAGACUCAGACUGAGCCUGGGAGACCGAGAGGCCGAGAGCCAGGCCUCCCAUUCUCGCCAUGACGCUCUGCUCAAACAGGUAGCAGAGGGAGAAGGCCGGGUGUCCCUGUUUCAGACGGAAGUGGAGCGGCUGAGUCAGUCCCUGCUCAAAGCCGAGGAAAACGAAGCUCUGCUGCGAGAGAAGAACGCCUCCCUCAACCAGAGUCUGCAGGAGUUGGCGGCUGCUCACGGCAGCGCUCAGAGUCGCCUGACUGCUCUGCAGAAGGCUUUGAGUAUGACCGAGCAGGAGAAACAACACCUCCAGGAGCGAAUCGAUGAAUCUCGGUCAUCGUUAAGCGAAGCCAGGCGGAACAUGGCCGCCCUUAAUGAGCGCAUGCACAGCGUGCAGAGUGAGCUGCACCAGAGCGAGCUGCAACGAGAAGAACUGGAGGCUGAGUUCACCAAAACCCAGGAGGCUCUGCGUCAGCGUUCAGCCGGCCUUGCCGAAGCCCAGCGCGGCGCCCAUGCGGCUCAGACGGAACGGGCCGUGGUGGAGGAGCGUCUGCGGGCUCUGCAGAGGGCCGUGGCCAUGCUGGAAACGGAGAAGAAAGACGCCGAGAGGCAGGCAGUGAGGCUGGAGAAAGAUAAAAAUGCCCUGAGGAAUACGCUUGAUAAGGUCGAGCGCCAGAAGCUGAAGAGCGAAGAGGGCAGCAUGCGUCUUUCGGCCGAGAGAAACCGCUUGGAUCGCUCCCUGAACACGGCUGAACAGGAGCUGCAGGAAGCCCAGCAGCAGAUUCUCAUGCUGCAGACGCAGAUGGCUGACAUGGAGCAAUCCCACAGCGUGUGUGAAAGUUUGGUCAGGCAGCGUGAUGAGACUCAGCAGGAGGCCGAGAGGCUGAGGGCCAGCUUCAGGGAUCUGGAGAGGACUCUGGGCUCCAGGGAGCGCACACAUCGGCACCGGGUCAAAGGUCUGGAGGAACAGGUGUCCACCUUGAAGGAGCAGCUACAACAGGAGAUGAAACGACGACAUCCUUCGCUUCCCUCCUCAUUUCUGUCGACAACUAACUGAGAGUAGAAGCAGCAGCCGCGUCACCCUCAGGGAAAAUGUCAUCACCAGUGACUGAAGGCAAAAAUGUGCACUCGCCGGCCAAAAUAUUAGGUACCUCUGCACAAUGGAAUUAUCUGUCUAAACAAUUCUGCGUCUAUUAAAAUGCUCAUUUUGCACUUCCUCAUACUGAGAGAUGUCACUUUCUUUUUUGUUUUGGUUAACUUAUUCAGUUACAGUUGAGGUCCAACUAUUAGAAACAGCUCUCAGUAUGAUGCAGCGCAGUUCUGCACAGUCCUAAAAAAAUAUAUAUAUUGUUUAUAUCCGAUUCCCCUGCUUAUUCACUGUGACAGUGUCAAUCUAAACUGAGCAUAAUUAUCUUUGAAAAGGCAAAACUCUGAGGCUCCGCAGGUGUACCUAAUAAAGUGGCCACUAACUGUACUAUACCUGACUUUCCUCCGGUCAUUUGAAUGAAGUAUAAGCUAUUCAUCAUGCACAUUCCAGUGAUUAUACUAACAGUCAAAAAGGACUAAAAACUAAACUAAUAACUAAAAAAUAUUUUAGUACUAACCAUAUGAAGUCAUUGCUUUAGUGUGACUGUAAAGAAAUAUAUUUUUUAAUUGUAAUUAUUUCAAUGAUAUUGGCUUACUGUGUAAAUGCUGCCAGGGUUUCCCAAACAUUUACAGAUCAAGCCCGAAUAUGGUUCUCUCGAGUACACAAACUUACAAAAAUACAUCCUGUAUCACUAUAAUAUCCACAUAUACUGUACUCAGACUAAUGAUAAAUAACAAAUGCAUUAAUUGACAACAAACAUGAGCCUGAAAGCCAUUUGCUAACAAAAAAUGGGACAUUUUGGUUCUCAACUUUAAGUUUGGGGAAACCCUGUGUUAGAUGGUGAACACUGGUACAUGUACAGUAUGUUUGUAACACAGAAUAAACACACUUGUGGAAUGUGAAUAAAUGAGUAAGUCACAUGCUACAAAGCUGUUGUUGAAAAAAAAAAAAAACAAAAAAACAUAUUUUAUUAUAUUUUAAUUGUGGUAGUUUUACAAAGCAGCAGUAGUGCUUUGUGAGGAUCCUUCUCAAAGCUGAGGUCAUCUUGGCUGAUGUCAGCGACUGCUUUGACCGAAUGACUUAAAAAAAAUUAUUAUUAUUAUUAUUUUUUUUUUUUAAGUACAGUAUAAGAAAACAACAAAAUACAAAGCAUGCGAUUGAUACGGUACAGUAUGCAAAACAAACUGAGAGGUCUCCGCAGCUAGUCGCAUCUCUAAUACAGCACCAGUGUGAUGAGUUUAUAGCACCAGUGAUUUGUACAAUCAUCAAGCUUCU